AUGAUGCUCAACUCCGCCAUCGUCACCUUUGCUCUCAGCGUUGCUGUCAGCGCCCUCCCCCAGGCAUACCCCAACAAGUGCGGCGACCAAGUUUGUCCUGCCGACAAGGCCAAAUGCUGCGAAGUCAUUGUCAACGGAGUUGCAGAGAUUGGCUGCUUCGCCGAAUGCCCACCAGUUCAGGCCCUCCAGCGCCGACAAACAUAUCCCAAUAAGUGUGGCGAUCAGGUCUGCCCUGCCGACAAGGCCAAAUGCUGCGAAGUCAUUGUCAACGGAGUUGCAGAGAUUGGCUGCUUCGCCGAAUGCCCACCAGUUCAGGCCCUCCAGCGCCGACAAACAUAUCCCAAUAAGUGUGGCGAUCAGGUCUGCCCUGCCGACAAGUCCAAGUGCUGCGAAGUCAUUGUCAACGGGGUAGCUGAAAUCGGCUGCUUUGCCGAAUGCCCGCCCGUCCAAGCCCUCCAGCGCCGCCAGACAUAUCCAAACAAGUGCGGCGACCAAGUCUGCCCUGCCGACAAGUCCAAGUGCUGCGAAGUCAUCGUCAACGGCGUCGCUGAGAUCGGCUGCUUCGCUGAAUGCCCGCCCGUCCAAGCCCUUCAGCGCCGCGACCAGCCCUCGACUACAACCUCGGCGGCCCCUUCGACUCCUACCUUUGGUCCCAAGUGCGGCGAUUCCUUCUUCUGCCCCGUCGGCAAGGUCUGCUGCCCCAACGCUCUCUACCACUGCGCCGAUCCCGACAAGGUCAGCCAGCAGUGCCCUCAGUAA